CACCUGAUUCUUGAGAAUCUCUUCUGAUACAGAGCUCAUAUUUGGGAGGCUUUUGUCGAAUAGCAUCUGGAGAAUCACUGCAGGCCACAGGUUCAUUGGUUAGUCCUGUAGAAGUGAAACAGCGAGAGCAGCUUGGAGCUUGGAGAUUGAGAGUUCCAAAUGGCGUCUCUAGCAGUCGAGAGGACAGCCGUUGCUGGCACUAUGGCGUCCUCGCUUUGUGCGCAUGGACCCCUCGCGUCGUCGCCAUGCCCAUCGUCGGUGAGCAUGGCCGGUUGGUCAUCACAGCGCAGGUUGCAUCGCCUGGCCGGGAGUGCAGGCGGGUUGACGAUUGGAGCGGAGAUAGCGUUGUUCGCUGGAGGGCGAGUGUCGUCUGUGACGUCUGUGGUGACUAAGAGUGCUGCGAGUCCGCUGUCGAAUUCUAACGGCAACGUGUUGGAAUUUGAAUCUGAAGAGGCGUUCAAUACCUUCCUCGAAGAAGCUGGAGAUAAACUGGUCGUUGUUGACAUUUCCACGAAAACAUGCGGGCCUUGCAAAAUGAUUUACCCUAAGGUGGUGGAGAUGAGCCUCGACUAUCCUGAUGUUGUCUUUCUUAAGAUCAAUGGGGAUACCAGUAAUGACACUCGGGCUCUGAUGCGCAAGUGGGGAGUGCGAGCAGUGCCCAACUUCAGAUUCUAUAAGAACAAAGUACUGGUCCACUCCCACACUGGCGCCAAGGUAGAGGAGCUCAAGACCCGCUUAGCCGAACACUACGGCCAACCUGCCAAAGUGGCGGCACCCUAGGGAUUCAACUCUUCCGACCAAGCACCAAGGAUUGAUGUUAAGUGCAAGCAGCUUGAACCUCAGAAAAGGGGAUUCAUUUGUAUCAAUUUGUCGACCUCACAUUAUUUUGUAGCAGUGAAUGCAUUUUGUUGAAAGGAGAGAAAGAAGAAAGUAGAACACCAAUAAUCCAUUUUUUUUACUUCUUGUAAGGUGUGUAUUACAAAGGUUGAUGACAACCUGAAUAAUUAAGGAACAUAAUUAUGAAAGGAUAUGUUCUAAGUAUGUAAAUGUAACAAUUACUUUUUAACCCUUAAUCUGCAAUUAGAUUAUCCACUA